AAGGUGAGUCAUUGUGGGUAAAAAAAAAAGUGGGUCAUGCAUACAACGAUGUACUUUGUAAGGUGUUUUAGAUUGAACAGAUAUAUAAUGACGUUUUUUCAAGGACGUUGAAGGAGUAUUUCGUCAUUCAUUAAAAGAUGCUGCGUGGUCAAGUGGGAAUUGUGACUGGAGGAGCCCAGGGGAUUGGGAAGGGGUGUGCCGAAGCCUUACUGGACAACGGUGCUAAUGUGUGCCUAUUAGAUGUUAAUGAAGGUGUUUUGAAAAAGACGACUCGCGAACUGGCAAACAAAUUUAGCAAAGAUCGCGUCAUUUCCUGCCAUUGUGACGUCAGAAAUCAGACACAAAUGGAAGGAGCAUUCAAAAUGGCAGACGAAACAUUUAAACGGAUUGACAUCGUAAUCAACAAUGCUGGAGUGGCUGAUGAAGUGAUGUGGCAGAGAAACAUCGACAUUAACUACGGUGGCGUUCUACGCGGAACUUUAUUAGCUCUGGAAUACAUGAACAAGGGCAAGGGUGGCAUAGUGAUCAACAUAUCGUCAGCUGCAGGACUCGUCGCGGUCCCUCAUGCACCUGUGUACUGUGCCAGUAAGCAUGCAAUUGUCGGUUUAACCAGAAGUAUCGGUGAACACCCUCUCUAUAGACAGAAAGGUAUCCGGUGUAUUGCUUUGUGCCCAAUGUCUGUAGACACAGAUAUGUUUAGGAGUGAAGCGAAGGACACACAGGAAUUCCUAGAGAGCUUUGGACUUUUGAAGGUACAGGACCUAGCUGAUGCUCUGAUAGAGGUUAUCGGAGACCAGGACAACAGUGGAAGAAUCAUGGUUAUCGUGAAGGGAAGGCGUUAUUAUGUAGAUCUACCAAAUCUAAAACAAAUUGUAGGAUUCGACGUGCAUUCUAAAAUGUAAAUGGACUGCAUGCAGAAUUUUGUGUAUAUGCAUUUUUCCACCACAAAAGUUUUUGAUUGUACAACACUGAAUUUCGAACUCUGUAUCUCAGUGUCAAUGUUAAGAAUUUAACACUGUAAAACCUAGAACUUUGUAAAUCUGUUUUGGUAUAGUAUCAUCUUAAAAUGAAUUAAAUGUCUCUAGCAGUA